AUGACAACUACUACUACAAGCACUGGAGAUAUGGUAGUUGAUGAUAACAACAACAGCAACGACAGUAUAGUGAUGUCUCGUGAUCACUUUGCGUCACCAUUAGCUGCUAGCAAAAAUAGUCAUUCACAGCCAACUACUUCAACCACAACAACUGAUGCAAAUGUGUCAUCAGCGACUACAACUGCAGUGAAUACAGGUCAUCGGUCUAUACACAAUAGGCCUCCUCAGUCAAAUCUACAACGCAGUCGUUCAGAGCACUCACCUGGAUCACAUAACUCUUCUACUUCUUCCUCCUCGUUUGAACCGGGGCCAUCAUUAGUUGACAUUUUCUAUUCAGCUAAAAAAUUGUUAAAUUUACAACCAAGAGUCGAAAACAGACAAUUGCGAAAAUCAAAUAGUAAAACUCAACUAAGUCAUAUGAAGAAUAACGUAUCGAAUGAUCAAUAUAACAUUAGUAUAUCACCUGACUUUCGUCAAAGACUGACUUCACAACAUAUCCAACAACAUCAACAUCAACAUCGUCGCCACGUACAUCUACUGGGCACAAAUGAAGACACUUUUGAUUUACUUUCUCCAUUAUCGAUAGAUGAGUUGCAAAACACUAGUGCUUUGAAGCCAAUAUUCAAUAGCCCUUCGAAACAUACAGUUGAAAAGUCAUCUACUCCUAGUCUACCGCAGCAGAAUGGAUUUAAUCGUCAAAAUUCUAUGGAUAUACACACUAAACCAAACGACGCCGAGUGCAAGUCGCCUAAAUCAGAUCACAGCAGUUGUUCAAGAAACAAUUCAAGUGCUUCAGGCACUUCGGCUACGUCGAGUAGUGUAGCCUCUGAUGUGGAAACUACCAAACCAAAAUCAAACUUGACAUCAUCAUUAUCCAAAUUGAAAGAAUUAAAACAGGAAAAGAAGAAUGAAACCGAAGAGAUCAACACCACAAAGAAGGAGACUGAUGCAGAAACAGCAAAGACUAUAUGUUUCAAUUGUAAAACUGAAAAGACACCGUUGUGGAGAAAAGACACCGAUGGUAAUACCUUGUGUAAUGCAUGUGGGUUGUUUUUGAAAUUACAUGGUACUACCCGUCCAUUAUCUUUGAAAACUGAUGUUAUCAAAAAGAGAAACUCGAGAAAAUCAUCGAGUAGUGCAAUGGCCAGUUCAGCACCACGAACAUUGAAUAUAGCAUCGGCUCAAUAUAUGAACUCAAGAAGUGGUGAUGGUAUGACUGUUUAUAAAAAACAUACUCCUAUUGCUAUUGCCCCCAAUACUAGUGCCAUUGCUUCAUCUUUACCUAAUCAAUUUUCCAAUUCAUUUGGUGCAAAUAAUUCAUUGCAAAAUUCAAGAUUGAAGAAUGUAAUGAUUUUACCCAAGACCUCAAGUUCAUCUAGUUUGAGUAACAAGAGUAUACCUAUCCCACAAAGUAGAAAUGAUGCAAGCUCCCCCACAUCAGCUGCGUCGUCAGCGAAUUCCUCUUAUUCAUACACCAUCAACAAUAAUCAACCAUUUAAGAGGAAAAAAUCGGAAGUCAAUAUACCUGCCACUGUUGAACAAAAUGGCGGAGUCAUGAGUGCAUCUUUUACCAACAGGAAUAGCAUGAGUGGAUUGCCUUCCAGUUCAUCUUUGAGCCAACAACAAGCUACAACUUUCAGUAUGUCGAAUAUUCCAUCCUCAAUCAAACGAACCAAUUCACUUGUGUCAUCAUCUUCAUUGAGUAGGAGAACUUCAUUGGUGAACAUACCUAGAAAAAAUACUAUAUCUGUAUCAACACCUACAAAUUCACUUACUUCGAAUAAUAUAAAUAUGCUCAAUCAAAGGUUCCCACAAUCAAAUUAUUUUGAUACUCCACAAGAAUAUGGUCAACAACGUCCUCAAAUUUCAAGGCAUAAUAGUAACACCACCAUUAUGCACAUGAAUAAUAACAAUAUGCACAAUCAAGGUCACAACUAUGGCAAUGUUCAUGAUGUUGUUGAUACACCAAAUUCUUUAAAUUCACCAAAUUCAUUUCUUGUCAACAGUUUUAGUCAAAAUGAUACACCAAGUUCUAUACCUGCUACUCCAUUGAAUGUACUGGGUAUGCUUCCAUCUUCCAUACCUAAUACUUCAACAACGUCAAUGUUGUCGGCACAAAUGAAACAACAACAACAACAUCAUCAUCAACAGCAUCACCAACAACAGCAUCACCAUCACCAUCACCAUCACCAUCAACAAAAGCAGCAUAACCCCCAGCAACAUCACCCACAACAUCAACAAUAUCAACUACAUGGCCAGGACAUGCAUUCAAAACAAUUGAAAGUGUUGGAACAAUAUAGAGCUAGUAAACCUCCCAUUUUCCAACACGAAGGCAUCGAUGAUGAAUUGAUCAUGUUGGGCAACAAUAAUACCAGUGGCAAUAACAACGAUAUAAUUGAAUCUAUACCAGAAAUCAACACCGAUAUGGUUGAUACAAGUAUGAGUAUGAUUGAUGAAGAGUUUUUCCGCAAUUAUACCAGCUUGCACAAUGACGAUGAUGAUGAUGAUGAUGACGAGGAUGAUGAAUUUGACAUUCCUGGUUUAGCGUCCCAAGACAGUUCUCAAUUACCAUCAACUCAGAUAUCACCACUGAAGAUUAGUAUUGCUGCCCCUAAACUGACACAAUUCACUAGUACCAGUGAUGCAUUUGCUACGGUGAAUAAUGAUGGUGGUAGAGGUAACGGAGGUGCCACUUCGACUGAUUAUAAAGAUUUAGAUUGGUUGAAAUUUGAAUUAUAA